AAGAUAUAAUUAAAUGGCGAGACAUUCCAUGGUCAUGGAUGGGGACACAUUAUUGCCCAUAUGUCAGUUCUUCCUAACCUGAUGUAGUUUUGAAGACAUCUCAUUCAAUGCUGCAUACAAAGAAUAGAAUCUCACUCUGUCCUAAAAAGCAAUGAUACCUCCACCCAUGAAGAUCUAGAGGACACUUAAAUUCAGGUGAGGAAGGGAAAGAAGCCAGUCUACAAAGUCUACAGACUGCAUGAUUUCAAUUCUAGAACAUUCUGGAGAAGGUGAAAGUGUGUGAGAACUGGCUCCAGGUCUGUGUGAGGAAUUAAUCAGGACCCAGGGGAGAUUUUAGCAGUGGAAUGGUUCUCUGUGGUCCUACAGUGAUGGACACUGGCCAUGCAGCAUUUGUCAAACCACAGAAGGGAUGACCCCAAGAGGAAACCCUAGGUAAACCAAGGACAUUGGUGAUGAUUACAUGUCAAUCUAGACUCAUGACUGUCACAGAUGUGCCACUGUCAUGCAGGGUGUUGAUAGUGGAGGGUUGAGUGGGACAUGUGUGGGGCAGGAAUACAGGGAAAUUCUCUACUCUUUGCUCAGUUUUCAGCAAGCCAAAAAUGUAGAAAUCGUCUAGAAGUCAGCUUGCCCAACAUGGGGGCUCACAGUGCCAGGACUCCUGGCUCCAGAACCUGGACUGGACUUGCACUUGAACCCCUUACAGGCUUGUAUGUUCCAUUAGUUAAUAGCCCCCUGGACACAGACAUCUUGUAUAAUUCCUGCAAUGACCUUCCCAAGCCCUCGCAUGUACACUGGUCAAGGAGUGCGCUGAAUACUUGCUGAAUGAAUGAAUGGCUACUGAGCAGUGAGUUCUCCCUCAUCCUGUCUCACUUUAGAAACUCCUGUGUCUGGGCCUGGUGUUUUGUUCUUGCUGGGGAUAAAGAAGCAGGUCUUAGCCUUUGAGAAGCUUUGUGAGAGGUUUUAGGAGAGGAAGGCAAAGAGCAGAGUGCAGUGUAACAGACAGUGAUUAGACCAAUGCCCAACACCUUGAAGAUCCAGUCCACAACCAAAGUCACUUCCAGAAGCAGGAAAUGGAGGAGGAAGUCACAGCACAGGUUAUAACAGUAGUGGAGAAGAGGUCAGUGGAAUGCCAUGAAUAUUAAUCCUGUUUUCCCUGUAUUAAUAGUUAAACAUUUCCUUCAUUCACAAUUGAAGGAUUUGAGAUUUUUAAAGGGAGAAUGACAAGGACAGUGAUCAUUUCUUAGAUUUAUCUUCAUCAAAGUCCGUGAACUAUAAAUAAAGUCUAUCAAAAGCCUGCAAGGUCCCCUCUCAUCUCAUGAUAAGAUAAGGGCUUCAUCCAUCUUCAUCCUCUCCCCCAUGGGGAGGAACUAGGGGCCCCAACCUCUGCCCUGCAGGUGAUCAGCCCCCUCUCUGGACCCCAUGGCUGACCUUUCCCCCCAUCCCUACAGCAUCUUUGCAGAUAUGGGGUAGGAUGCCCAAUCAAUUCUGUCUCCAGCUGAGCUUGGGAACCCACAGCCCUGAUGACUUCAUGAGUUUUCUGCUUGGAUUCAGGGACAGUGUCUCCCAUGACGUGAUCAGUCCCCAAGUGCAGGAUCACAGGUGACAUAAAAGGACUGGGGCGGAACCAGGCUCGGGGAGCCUCAGGAUGACAUUCAGGGCAAGGACAGCUGUGUGGACGGCAGGGCCUUGGCUGUCUCUGCGAGACACCAGGACACUGAGCACCAGGGCGGCUCUGUCUCCCAAGGCUGUGCUGCCCUUUGAAGCCAUCCCCCAGUGUCCCAGCUCCCAGUGGAUGAGGAUGCUGCAGAUCUGGAGAGAGAAGGGGUAUGAGAACAUCCACCUGGAGAUGCAUCGCACCUUCCAGGAGCUGGGGCCCAUUUUCAGGCAUGACCUGGGGGGACGACAAUUCGUGUCUGUGAUGCUGCCGGAGGACGUGGAGAGGCUGCAGCAGGUGGAGAGCCGGCACCCCCAGCGUGUGCACCCAGAGCCCUGGGCGGCCUACAGACAGCAUCGUGGACAGAAAUGUGGCGUGUUCUUGCUGUGAGGGCCGAGUCGGGAUGAGGAGGGGGUGGGAACCAAGGCCAGGACUUGGGGAGAAGGCAGAGCAGAGCUGACAGCAAGUGCACCUGCCUUGUGGUCUGUGUGUGUGGGUGGAGCCAGGCAGAUCAUCACACACCCAGAGCCAUCCCAUGGGGGACCCUCUGUCCUGUGGCUGUGGGAGUGGGGUGUGCUGGGGAAAUGGCCAGGGCCCCUGCAGGUGAGAGAGGGGAACGAUG